AUGGACACCCUUGGCGGCAGACACAACGAGCCGAGGCUUGAGGAUGCGGGCGCUGAACAAACCACUGAGCAAACGAAACAUAAUACGUGUGAAGGAAUGGAAGGCCUCGAGUUCACCGGACCAGCUGUCGACUUACAGCCAGGGGCACAGUACCCCAAAGAAAACGAGAAAAUGGGCAAAUCUCAAGUACAUACAAGCCGACGUCAAGAUGAAUGGCCCUCUCAAACAGCUCUGAGAAAAUUCAACUCCGAGUAUAACAGUUUUCCAAUAGGCCCACAAAAGCGCCAAAAGCAAGAAAUCGAUGGAGCAGAGGGGUUUCCCGUCGCAUGGUACUGCUUUAGAGCAUUUAUUUACAUAAUUCUCCGGCAUGGCCCCCAACAAAUGUGCAACUAUAAGCUGGAAAAGACCAAAUUUCGAGACAGUGACCAGGUUAAGCAACUCCAACCUGUUUGUAACAAUAUCGGGUCAAUUUUGGAUAUUCGCAGCAAAAAUAAUCUGCUACGUCGCCGGUAUAAUUGCGACAAUAUCCAAUGUAUCGUCGGAGUCGCCAUACCAGUCAAUCCCAAUAUAAAAGUGGACGAGCAUAAUUUGAGGGAACUUGACCUCACAAAGGGGGCAUACGUCUUGAUUGAAUGGCAGAAUAUAGGUGAAGAGCAUCUCCAUCUAUUUUGCGGCAAACAGAGUUGGAUGUCGAGAUCAGCACUUUCCCGCAUGGCAACUUCAAGAAAAAGAACUGAGAUAAAUGAGAAGAUCAAGAGAGCAUAUGUAAUACAGAUGACUAAAUAUGAACAGUGGAGGAAGAGAGAAUGCCAAGAGCGCAGCAUACCUUUGAAUCCCUUCCACAACAAUUGGUCAAAACGUGGCACUCAUAAUCCCGGCCAGAAUUAUUUCAUUCACGAGAAAUCGAAAACAAACGGACCGGCCACCUCGCAUGGAACUGCCGCUGAUACUGCGGGAAAUGAUGGAGGCAAUGAUACACCGGGCAAGAAAGGUGGAGAAGCGGGUGUUGAUACCAUCCAAGGCUCACAAAUCAAAAUAGAAAACGCUGAGCGCUCGGUAAUAAGGCUAGCAAGCGCGAGAAAUUUUAGCUAUAAGUCACAUCUAGAGCUGGAGAAGGCGUUCAAAGGAGUUCAUGGCGGCCUUCGAGCGAGGAACCCUGAAGAGUACGCUUCUAGAAUGGACAUGAUAGUAGCAACUUGGCCAUCUUACAAGGACGAGAUGAUAUCGAGGGGCUUUCGAGAGGUUGGAGCUUCUCCAGACGAGAAAUCAAUAGCCAACGCCAAAACAAGAUUGAUUGCCGCAGGAAAAUGGCUGUGA